CACUCAGGCAGCAGUCCCUUCUUUCUUGCCCCAGUCUCCAGUUCUCCAGUGUUCACAGGUGAGCCUACCAACAGCCACUGCUCAUGAUGGAGGCCAUCAAGAAAAAGAUGCAGAUGCUGAAGUUAGACAAGGAGAAUGCUCUGGAUCGGGCAGAGCAAGCUGAAGCUGAGCAGAAGCAGGCAGAAGAAAGAAGUAAACAGCUGGAGGAUGAGCUGGCAGCCAUGCAGAAGAAGCUGAAAGGGACAGAGGAUGAGCUGGACAAGUAUUCUGAAGCUUUGAAGGAUGCCCAGGAGAAGCUGGAACUGGCAGAAAAGAAGGCUGCUGAUGCUGAGGCUGAGGUGGCCUCCUUGAACCGUAGGAUCCAGCUGGUUGAAGAAGAGCUGGACCGUGCUCAGGAGCGCCUGGCCACUGCCCUGCAAAAGCUGGAAGAAGCGGAAAAAGCUGCUGAUGAGAGUGAGAGAGGUAUGAAGGUUAUUGAAAACCGGGCCUUAAAAGAUGAAGAAAAGAUGGAACUCCAAGAAAUCCAACUCAAAGAAGCUAAGCACAUUGCAGAAGAGGCAGAUAGGAAGUAUGAAGAGGUGGCUCGUAAGUUGGUGAUUAUUGAAGGAGACCUGGAACGCACAGAGGAACGAGCUGAGCUGGCAGAGUCUAAGUGUUCUGAGCUGGAGGAGGAGCUGAAGAAUGUCACCAACAACCUCAAGUCUCUUGAGGCUCAGGCGGAGAAGUACUCUCAAAAAGAAGACAAAUAUGAGGAAGAAAUCAAGAUUCUUACUGAUAAACUCAAGGAGGCAGAGACCCGUGCUGAGUUUGCUGAGAGAUCGGUAGCCAAGCUGGAAAAGACAAUUGAUGACUUGGAAGAGCGUCUCUACAGCCAACUUGAGCGAAACCGCCUGCUUUCUAAUGAGCUGAAGCUAACGCUGCAUGAUCUGUGUGACUGAUGGGCAGGGCUCAAUGAUGCCCAUUAAACUGAGCUUACUGCUCACACCACUGACCUGGACCCCAACAAAAAGCUGAUUGUCUUUUUAAAAGUUAUUAUUUUGCCCUGAGCAAAUUGCAUUUUAAUUGGGGCAGUUAGAAUGUUGAUUUCCUAACAGCAUUGUGAAGUUGACCAUUGUGAAGUUUCUGUCCCUUUAGAAGAGAUUAUGGGUGAAGAAGGGAAGGGGCCUGAGAGAUUAUAGUGAGAAAACUUGCGAGAAUUUUGUUUUCCACCCUUAUUUGCUGCUCUUUCACUUGUGCACUGACUAUAGGAUAUGUUCCCUUGCAUGGAUGUUUUUAACAAUAAAAGGACUGACUUGACAAGUUGUUGUAACUGCUUCAUCUGCAGGCCCAGGGAUGGGUCCUUCUGACUGGGUGGAAAAAAGGGAAGUGAAAGAAAAGUUGUGGGAUAUGAAUAUGGGUCUGUGUUGCCAUCACCUUCUCUGAGUUGAAGAUUUCAGUAUUUUCGUCACCUCUUUAGAGCAGUCAGAGUGGUUUGCUUGCUAGACAGAUUAGAUUCUCCUUAAUGUUCAGCUGCUGAUUUUCUUUCUGACAUUUUCCCUUUUGCUUCCUUUUUCUGGUUUUAUGUUUAAUUUCAAGUAACUGUCACAAGCUAGUUCUGUUCAAUAGCUCUGCAGCAAUCUCAAGGUUUGCUUACAACCACUUGUUUCAGUAGUAUUCUUGGCUUUGUUUUCUUUAGAGAUUAUUUGACUUAACUGUGAGCGCCCGUUUAUUUAUCCCAUCGGUUAUUACUUUGGCCUCUACUUUUUCGAAAAAACAUGUAGUGCAUGAGGAUCUUCCUGUGCUCUUUUAUAAUCUGAGAUUCUGAUGUUUCUAUUGUUUGCAAUGUUCAAACUCCAGUGAGCCAUUUCAAGAGGGUAUUGUUGUGUGGGCAAAACCUAGAAAAGUGGAUGGCUGAUGCUUAAGGCUUGCUCUUUCAUUGACUAAAAGCUGAAAGUGUUGGUUGGAUGUGGGAGGGAGAGGAAAUGGCUGAUAAGGGCCCUAACUCCCUCACCCAGGAAGUACAGCAACACCCACAACUUCAGUAGGCAAGCCAAAGGCCCUACAAAACCGGGUGAUGUAAUAGCUCACUUCUGUGGCUGAGAAAGCAGCUGCUUUAUUAGUCUGCCGCUUCUCUGCAACAGGAGCAAGUCUCAAAGAGCGGGUAGACCUUGACAUUUACUUCUAGUUUUUGUAACUUCUCUCCUUUACCCCCAUUAGAUAAACUGAAAUGCACCAAAGAGGAGCACCUCUGUACACAAAGGAUGCUGGACCAGACCCUGCUUGACCUGAAUGAGAUGUAGAACGCCCCAGUCCCACCCUGCUGCUGCUCCUUCCUCUGACCCAGACUCCGCCUGAGGCCAGCCUGCCGGAAGCUGACCUUUAACUGAGGGCUGAUCUUUAACUGGAAGGCUGCUUUCUCCUUUCGCCACCCCCUCCUUCCCUGUGUCUUUUUCGCCAAACUGUCUCUGCCUCUUCCCGGAGAAUCCAGCUGGGCUAGAGGCUGAGCACCUUUGGAAACAACAUUUAAGGGAAUGUGAGCACAAUGCAUAAUGUCUUUAAAAAGCAUGUUGUGAUGUACACAUUUUGUAAUUACCUUUUUUGUUGUUUUGUAGCAACCAUUUGUAAAACAUUCCAAAUAAUUCUACAGCCCUGAAGCAGCAAUCGAAUCCCUUUCUCGCUUUUGGAAGGUGACUUUUCACCUUAAUGCAUAUUCCCCUCUUUAUAGAGGAGAGGAAAAGGUAUAGAUAGGCCUGCCUUACUGAGAGCCAAACAGAGCCCAGGGAGACUCCACUAUGGGAAACCUCAUUGCUCUGUUCAAAGUACUAGCUAAACCAGAAAGGUGAUUCCAGGAGGAGUUAGCCAAACAACAACAAAAACAAAAAAUGUGCUGUUCAAGUUUUCAGCUUUAAGAUAUCUUUGGAUAAUGUUAUUUCUAUUUUUUAUUUUUUCAUUAGAAGUGACCAAAUUAAGAUAGUAAGACCUCUGAGACCAAAAUUUUGUCCCAUCUCUACCCCCUCCCAACUGCUUACAGAAUGGAUCAUGUCUCCCUUAUGUUGAGGUGACCACUUAAUUGCUUUCCUGCCUCCUUGAAAGAAAGAAAGAUGAUUGUGUUUUUGCCACUGAUUUAGCCAUGUGAAACUCAUCUCAUUACCCUUUUCUGGGUUUGAAGCUGCUGUCUCUAGAAGUGCCAUCUCAUUGUGCUUUGUAUCAGUCAGUGCUGGAGAAAUCUUGAAUAGCUUAUGUACAAAACUUUUUAAAUUUUAUAUUAUUUUGAAACUAUGCUUCUUUGGGUUUGUGGCACCCUGGCCACCCCAUCUGGCUGUGACAGCCUCUGCAGUCCGUGGGCUGGCGGUUUGUUGAUCUUUUAAAGUUUCUUUCCCUACCCAGUCCCCACUUUCUGGUAAGGUUUCUAAGAGGUCUGUUAGGUGUACAUCCUGCAGCUUAUUGGCUUAAAAUGUACUCUCCUUUUAUGUGGUCUCUUUGGGGCCGAUUGGGAGAAAGAGAAAUCAAUAGUGCAACUGUUUUGAUACUGAAUAUUGACAAGUGUCUUUUUGAAAUAAAGAACCAGUCCCUCCAA